AUGAUCUCAGAUUCCAAAAUAUUUUAUUUGAAUCCUCGUUACAUCCUGUUCAUCCACCUGGUGGUGAAUGACAUGAUCCAGCUCACUUCUUCAGUUAGUCUAUUUGUUUUCACUUAUAUCUUUUAUCAAAUUAAUGUUGCAUUCUGUUGCUCCCUUAUCACUUUGGCUAUAUUCACCACCCAGAACAAUCCCCUGACCCUCGCUGUGAUGGCAGUAGAGUGUCAUAUUGCCAUAUGCUUCCCUCUCCAGCACUCACAGAUAUGUACAGUCAAAAAUGUAACCAUUGUGAUCACAGUGAUAUGGGGGCUAAGUUCACUUACAAUCCUGCCAAAUUUAUUCACCAGCCUGGCCACAGAAUCCAGAGAUUUCUUUCAUUCAAGAGUCUUCUGCCUUAGAAAAAAAACUUUCAGACCUCCUGAACUAGAAAAGAAGAAAAAUAUAUCCAACAUUGUAUUUCUGGUUAUUGUUUGGCUCACCCUUGUCUACACAUAUUUCAGAAUCCUUUUCGCUGCACAGGCAGCUGCUGCAAACGCCAGGAAAGCAAGAAACACUGUACUGCUGCACGGCUUCCAGCUGCUACUGUGCAUGCUCAACUACGUGUAUGAUUUGCUGCUGAAUGGUUUGACAUCCUUGUUCCCAAAAGGAGUCCUGACUAUUCGCUACACAAUCUCAGUAUUCGUUCACAUUCUGCCUCGACUUGUUAGUCCACUUGUUUAUGGGAUACGAGACAAGGCAUUCAGAAGAUAUCUGAGGAAAUAUCUGUUCUACUCACCAAAGGCUAAUGUUAACAAAAGUUAA